CGCAGCGUGAACAGUUCUGAAAGAUCGUGCGUCAACCGAAGUAAGUGCUUUUCGUGAAUUAGUACGACAAACGAUGAGCGUGUACAAAAGCGAAUUUGUGGGUUGUCAUCUCCACCAACAAAAGUUUGACAGAUUGAGGAAGAUACGUGAAAAGGUCAAUUGGGACAUUGAAGAGGAGCGACAGGACAACUUUUUUCUCGGUCAACUUUACCUCUUAUUGAGCGAUUGGAAGUGCCAAUAUCAGGCCGAAGAAAUCAACUGGCUUCUCACGGAAUCCAUUACUUUUCGUGACGAAGAGGAUUACAAUCGUUCAGGAGAACUAAUCAUUAAAUUCGUGGCUAACAGCGGCUACAAAUAUCAGCCUAAAAUUGAGCAAGACGGUAAGCCACGUGUGCAUCGAACUACAGCACUGCAUCAUGUGGCUAGGAGCGGAUUUCUUAAUAAUGACAUCAUGGUCCGUGAGCUUUUUAAAAUUUACAAUAAUUUCAACAUUAAUUACACCGACUCGUCCGGCCUGACUAAUUUCCAUGUGGCCUGCGCUUUCGGCUGCGAUGAUGUCGUCGAGAAAUUUCUCGAGCUCGGCCAAGAUCCCAAUCUCCUCGUGCAUGAGAUAGGCUAUUCUGCGCUACACUUGGCUUUGGCCUAUGACAGAAGGAAUGUGGCACGAUUGCUGCUCAAGAGUGGCGCCAAUCCGAACUUGGCCAAUCCAGAGGGAUCGACGGCUUUGCACCUAAUAUGCAAGAUGGAUCGUCCUAAGGCCUUAAUGAAGUCAUUCCUUAAGAUCUGCCUCGAAAAACGUCAACCGUUGCUGCUCGACGCCCAGGACAAGGAGGGUAAAACAGCUUUGCACUUGGCUCUGGAGAACGGACGUACGAAUAUCGCCAAAUGGUUGCUGAGAAAAGGUGCAGAUCCUACCUUGGCCAAUCCAGAGGGAUCGACUGCUUUGCACCUCAUAUGCAAAAUGAAUCACCCUAAGGCCUUAAUGAAUUUAAUCCUCAAGAAGUGCCUCGGAAAACGUCAACCGUUGCCGCUCGACGCCCAGAACAAGGAGGGUAAAACAGCACUACACUUGGCUCUGGAGAAAGGACACAGGGAAGUAGUACAGUUGCUGCUUGAAAGAGGCGCCGACCCUAACUUGGCCCAUCCAGAGGGAUUGACUGCUUUGCAACUCAUAUGCAAAAUGGAUAGUUCUUAUGCCUUAAUGAGGCUGCUGUUCGAGAUCAGCGACAAAAAAAAUCAACCAUUGCCGCUUGACGCCCAGGACAAGGAGGGUAAAACAGCGCUACACUUGGCUCUAGGAAAGUUUCAUGGAAAUAUCGCCGAUUGGUUGCUGAUAAAAGGUGCCAAUCCAAAUUUGGCCGACAACAAGGGAUCGACAGCUCUGCAUAUCAUUUGCAAGAUGAUCGGAUUUAAUUACUUGGCGCAUCGGCUGUUCGAGAUCAGCGACGAAAAACAUCGAGAGGUGCUAGUCGAUGCACAGGACAAUGAGGGUAACACACCAUUGCACUUUGCUAUAUUGAACCACGACGAAUAUAUAAUGGCACGAUUGCUGCUGGGAAGAGGGGCCAAUCCAACAUUAGCCAAUAAGGAUGGACAGAUACCCCUGCACAUCGCUCGCUUUUGGUAUAACGACGUUGAAUUGCUCGGGAUAUUUUUCGAGCUUACCAACGCCAAAUACCAUUCGGGACAGUUAAACGCCAAGGACAUAUUGGGUAGGACACCGUUGCACAGGGCUCUUAAACUCAAUAAAGUAAUAGUGUCCGAAUAUCUGCUAAGGCUAGGCGCAGAUCCACAUUUGACUGACGGUCUAGGAAAUACGGCUUUGCACGUCAUGUCAAAGGAUUCCCACAACGAAGAUUUGGUGGAGAUGUUCUUCAAGGUUAACGAGGAGUUAAAUCAGCAUUUGCAGAUCGAUGCUACAGACACGUUAGGUAGGACACCGCUGAGCUUGGCUCUUGAGUGUGGCAACAAGAAGAUGAUCGAGCAGCUGAUGAGACGCGGCGCAGACCUGAAGCUGGCCAUAGAAAAUGAUGAAUGGACGCCGCUGCACUUCGUCUGCUCGAGGCCCUCCGGCAACGACGUGGCGGGGUUAUUCUUAAAAAUAAUGAACGAAGAUAGACGUGAAACGGUGCUGAUCGAUACGAGGGACGGGUUCGGUCGGACCCCACUGCAAUAUGCCGUAGCGAGUUUAUCGCCGAAUACCAUCGAUGUUCUACUGGAUCACGGCGCCGAUUUGUCCAACUUCGUUUUCCCAUCCGAGAGAAGAUUCGACCAAGGCGUUCAAGCGAACGGCCGCAUAAACAUAAAAGUAACGUCCGGCAUUUUGGCCGUCGUCGAGCGCCUCGAGACUAGAGGAUACGAGCUUAGCCGAUCGGACGCCCUGAUGAUCAUGAAUCUGUUUGCCAAGCACAAAUUGUUCGUCAAGUCGGCGGAUCUUGAAGUUCUCAAUUGGCAGGACCACGAGGAGGUCACGAGAGAAGCCAAAGAGACGAUGAUAAGUCCGAGUCUUUCGCUCUACGACCUGCUCCACUUGCGACCUAAGGACGUGGCAAAACGAAUCACCUUCAAGGAAUUCUUCGAGUUCGCCCGGGAUUCGGAAAAAUUGUGGAUGCUCCGCAAAAAAGGGUUUGAGGCGCGCGUCGUCGCGCAUCUGUGCGAGAAAUUAUCCAGAAGAUUUUUCCAGAGCUAUGCGUUGUACCCCUUUUGGGAUCUGAUACAUAAGCGGCUGCCGUUUGAGUGCUGUGACUUCAUCCUUGACAAUGUAAUGAACGAAGUCUUGUAUAACAUUUUCUUGAUAGCUGGCGAGUGA